AUGGAUGCGAUGAAUCCCUCACAAGCAAUCGAAGCAAGGAAUGGUAAUAAGGAAAACAGGGUACCUGCAGAACAGCCUGCCGUGCAGCAAGGUGACGGAUGUGCAGGAGGAGAUAUUGAAACGAUUUUGUCUGAACUUCAUAGUGCAUAUCCAGAAAAACCACUCAUCUCUCCUGACCCGUCAGAAAAAAGAACGAAGCGGAACAUGGACAACGAAGCACCCGAGCAAGUGCCAGCACCAACUUCGAGCAGGGAGCUACAAAAAGAGAGGCCAUCAGAAACCAAGACUGCCGUUCCUCCUAGAACAAAAAGACAAAAGAUAAAGGACAAAACUCAACUCAUCAGCGACAGUGCUACCUUGCAGCAGCAGCAGCAGCCAAGACCUCUAAUGGUGCUCCCGCCAGCAGUUACAGGGGUCAACAAUGAACUAACUAAAACCAAGAAGGCAAACAGAAGACAACGGUUGGAAGAAGACGAGGAUGAUGCCAGCAAAGAGUCAGAGCGUGAUGCUGCCGACGACGACAAUGGCACAAAACAUGAUGAUGAUCUCAUUCGUGCAGAGGGCGAUGACGCCGCAGGGGACAACGGUGGCGCCGCAGAGGACAGCAACAAUGAUAGAAAACCAAGACAGAAGCGGACAAAGAGGAUAAACACAAGUGGAAAAGAAUUGGCAGCAAGAACGGAUGAUGAACAUGAGGCAACAACAACUAAGGAAAAAUGCGAAAUCAAGGUAGGAGCAGCAUUUGAUCAGGUCAAUAGAGCAUGGAACUUACUAGAAGAACGUCACCGGCAAGAUGUUAGGACGGCCGGGUUUGGAAGCAUAGAGGAAUGCCAAAUAAAGCGCUCCAUCUGCAAACCGCUUGCAGCACACAUCUACGACAACCUGGACACAGAAAGCAUGACAAUAACAUUCGGUGAUGCUGAUCAGCUGAAAGAAAUCAAGAUUACAAAGGAAGCUAUACACAAGGUGUUUGGAUACCCAAACGGCACGGAAAGGUCAGCACAAAGGCUAGAGAAGAGCCCAACUUCAAUGAAAGAACUGAUCACAUAA